AUGAAUACCCAGACCCCCAACACCACUGGCAGCAGGGUUCUGAGCUCUGCUGACCGCGGCUACUCUACGUUGUCGACAACCACAGUAGAUGUGGAGAACAGCAGGGCGCCUGCUACAUCGACAUGGCAUGGACCUCUUAUCAGCUCUGGAGCUUCACAACACGAUGAGAAACCAUGCGCCGGGCAUGGCACGAGGCUAGCUCCGGAAGAGGAGGUUGUAAUGAGAGACGCACGUACCUCGUUACCAACACGGUCUCGCCACCUGAAUAUCCCAGAACAACUUGCCGAGCUGAUCAUCAGCAUGAUCCCUGGGCCAGAAGGAAAAGAAAUGGCAGAGGCAUAUCGAGAAGCAACCGAUCUACCCCCCAUCACGAAUCUCUCACUAAGUGAGCUCGACAUCCAGAACAUCAUCCCCAACAUCAGAUUACGGCAUGACGUCAACUUCGACCGUGAUCUGAGCUUUAGGCCGAAUCUGGAUGGCAGUAAGGGUCAGGAGAAAAUGAAGGCAGCACAGAAGUACUGGAGGGCGCUGGUCGCUGAACUUGAACUCUACACCCGAUUGUUCCGAGGCACGCCACCAUUGCGAGAACUGAAAGGAACCGACUGGACAACAGUCACCCGCCAUGCAGAACGACGAAUACCGAUCAUAUUCCAAACCAUCCAAGACGUGCUGAAAAGCUUGGUACCAGAUCGAGAUCAUUCGAGAGUGGACGAGCACUUGGAUGUACCUAUGCUUAUGCAAGAAAUCGAGCGGGGUGUGUGCGAUCUGGUACGACUAGCUGAGUGGAUGGCCCAUCUGCUUAAAGAACACUGUGCUCCAAUGCGAGACGGAUGGGUUGAUAAGAUGGUUGCAUACAUAAAAUUAGGCGUCACAACGAACAGCUCUGGCGAUAUUGUCAAAGGACUGUGCGAACUGCUAGGCAUACUGGAGGCUAUGAAGUUGGAUGUCGCGAAUCACCAGAUCAGGAACCUAAAAACACUCUUGAUCGAGGACACGAUCAACUUUGAGAAACACUACCAUCUGGAUAGACUCGUCAACGGCCGCGCACGAGUCAACAUCAACACGGCCCACACAUGGUAUUCUCUCGCAGUCGAGGAUUUCGGGCAGCAAUGUAUCACUCCACGCCACGAACCCCUUCGCCUGCAACUAGAAGUCUUCGUCCGUGCUGUAACCGCAACUAUCUUCAACAGAGACGGCGGAUUCGAGUUUCCCGAAACUUUCUAUCUGGAUCAAGACCGGCUGCGUGUUUUGAAGGCAGAAAUCGAGGACGUUGUCUCCUUCGACAUCUGCUUCGACAUGUUCGCGAAUCUGAUCAAGCAAUUUGGCUACGAAGGCCCGGUAUCGCCUACGACGCGACAACAACUGCGCAUCUCGCUUUCCGCAAUUAUGGGAGAAGCCAUCGGUUACGGUUUCCAGACGUGGAUCAUGAACUCGGAAGCCCUUUCGUUAGAGAUUUUACGACAGGCUUCGCUCUUUGCUGGCCAACCACAAACACAUGACCUCGACAGCAUACUAAAAGCAGAGCAGCUCUUUCGCCACCUCUUCCAUACCUCGGCUGCCACACACGCUGAGCGUCUUGAGGCUAGCAUGCUUUUGCAAGUUCUUGCCUGCGCAAAUCGCCACUCCAACUCCUCGCCUACGGACCUAUUCAACACCCUCGUCCCAGUCGCUAACUCUGUGCCGCUACCACCAGCACAACCCUCGCGUCCCGCCACAGGGCCCGAUUCGUUUACGUUUCUUCUCCCGCAACACGCAGCAAAUACCAAGUUGAUGGAUAUUGCGAACCGCAUCACACACAUCGUUCUUCUACACUGGCGGAUAUGGAGGCCCAUUGCUUACGUCCAAGAAGAGGAGAUGAAGCAAUCAUCCGGGACUCUCGCGCUGGGAGAAGUAUCCAGCCUCUCCGCAUCACCGCAACCACCGCUCACCAACCGAUCCUCCGCUCAUCCAGCAGUAGACGGAGCCCAAGGUAUUCCCAACCUAAAUACUCGCGACGUGCAGGACUCUGGGCAAGAAUCAUCCGUCGCACAUGAAACUCCUUCGCAAUAA